AUGCAUGGACAAACAUCCAUUGUUGAACAAGUGUUGAAGAUUAAUCCGCAGCUAGCACGCAUUUCAGACUCUCAAGAAUCAUCGCCUCUCCACCUCGCAGCAACAGGAGGGCACAUCGAGAUUGCCUCAACAUUGCUGUCGGUAGCCCCGGAGAUGUGCUGGUGGCGCGACAAACAAGGCAUGAAUCCAAUUCAUGUCGCAGCCAUGAAUGGGCAUGUGGAGAUUCUAGAAAUUCUCCUUCUAGAGAGUUCUAUGCCUGCGAUGGAGAGACUGCAUCGUGGACAGACUGUGCUGCAUUUGUGUGUGAAACAUGCUCAGCUUAGGGCGUUGAAGGUUUUGGUGGAGAAGUUGGGAGAGCUUGUGUGUGUAAAGGAUGAUGAUGGUGAUACAUUAUUGCAUUUGGCUGCAAGGUGCGGUAAACUUGAGACUAUAGAAUACUUGGUGGAAAAGAAAGCCCUAAAGCUUCGAACAACAAACGCCAUGGGCAAAACUGCCCUCCAAAUCUUGAUCGAAAGUCCUCCAACCACCGUCAACUACUUAAAGAUGAAAAGGCUCUUAACAGAUGUUUCACUUUUCAUAGUGAUCCCCGAGAUGAGAAGCACCAUAAUGGUGGUGGCAGUCCUGAUCGCCACAAUGGCCUUCCAGUCGGCCAUCAAUCCCCCGGGCGGAGUAUGGAGUGAAGAUGACGACAAGUCCUCUCACAAAGCCGGCGAGGCUGUGAUGGAGUCCACCCAUCCCGAUGCAUACCUGAACAUUAUGUUUGCCAACUUGAUGGCCUUCAUAUGA